AUUCUGCUUUUCUAACACCUCUCCUGGCCUUGACAUCCAGUCGGUCACUGAGGCAAACGCAGGGAUCACAAGGAAACAGUCAGUGCCUGACUAUGGAUGCUUGGAGAAAGGGGCGCCAGUUGAGAGUGGGCCAAGAGUCCCAGGAAACAACCCUUAUGCUGGGGUUGAGCCCAUUCCAGAGGUGAGAGAGAAGAAGGUGAACAUGAUAGUUCCUCUCUAUUUCUGAGCGUGUUUUCUUCUGCCCCUCCACUUCCUUACUACAGAGCUAGCCCCAGACCCAGCACAGACAGGAGAGGCAGACCUCACUUUCCCAGGAACUGCCCUCUCUCCGCAGAGCACAGAGGUCCAGGCCUCUCCAGGACCACAUUGACACCGAGCAGGCUCCAAGGGCCACCAUGACGCCUGUCCUUGAUUUCCCAUCCUACUCACAUCUGCCCUCCCUUCUGCUGGCUCUGUUGCUGAAACUCACAGGAACUUCAAGUGAAGAUUUCCAGGUGAACCAGCCUGAGAGUUCAGUGUUAGCCAAGGCUGGAGAUGUCAUAACCUUGGGCUGCAACAUUCCUGCACCAUCUCCAGUAGGGCCUGUCUUGUGGUUCAAGGAUGCUAAGCUAGAACGAAAAUUAAUCUACAGUUUCAAUGGACGCCGAUUCCCCCGAGUAUCCCAAGUGGUAAAUCCAAUGGCCAACCAGACAGACUAUUCCAUCCGCAUCAGUGAUGUGUCGCCUAAGGAUGCUGGCAUGUAUUACUGUGUGAAGUUAACAAUAGGGCAUCCUGACAUGGCAUAUAUAGCUGGCCCAGGCACCUAUGUGUCUGUGAGUGGAGUCACAAAUGAGAUGUUCAAGGUGCAGCAAGCUGAGAUAUCACAGACUGUGUCACCUGGGGAAACACUCACUUUGAGUUGCAGCGUACCCGAUUCACUUCCAAAUGGACCCGUCUUAUGGUUCAAGGGGACUGGACCAAAUCGUGAAUUAAUUUAUAAUUUCCAAAGGGGUCUGUUUCCCAGAGUAAACCAAGUUGGAAACAUGGCCAAAGCUGGCAACAAAGACUUUUCCAUUCGCAUCAAUGAAAUCUCUCUUAAAGAUGCCGGCACGUACUUCUGUGUGAAAUUCAAAGAGGGAAAACCUGACAUAGAGUACCAAUCAGGUCGGGGCACCAAGGUGACUGUUACUGGAAUAAGAAAUAAUUUUGUCCCGGAUACUCCAGGCAGACAUUUUUUGGCCACGAGGGGAACCAACUGGAAUAAAAAUCUACUCUAGAGAAGUGCAAAAAUGUAAAGAAUGUGGGUUGACAACAUUGAAUAUCCGUAUUGUUCUGGAUUCCAACUCCACUUCUUGACCUCCAAAUAUAGGAGAGAAAGCCUCUCCUUUAAGCCUGUUUGCUAAAGUCAGCACUCUCCUAAUGGAUGCCAGCUGAUAAAGAGCAUCCAUAGAGCACUGAAGUACAACUUCAAAUCAGUUUUUUCUGUUUCUAGAGUCUUACUGUAUUUUGUUUUUCUAUUCUAUUAUGACCUCUGAGCAAUACCCAGCCCGAGGAAUGAUUAAAUUGGUGAUAUGAAAACA